UUCCCUCACCCAUCUUCUUUGGGUAGCUGUUCUUUUCUCCUCUCUCUGUGACCGAAGUGCCUCUCUCUAAUUUGAUUUCCCUUUAUCAUUAUGUUUUCCCAUUAUCACACUUUGCUUUAACCUAACCUUCUAGAUUCUUCUUCUAAAUCAUUCUGUAACUGUCGCCGGCAACCGCUUCUUUCUCCUAUUUCUUCACAUCUAUAUAUAUAUAUAUAUUUAUUUAUCUUCUGCACACUCUCUCUCUCUAGAAACACAGACCCUAACUUAAUUAAUGGGACACAAGAAGCGAAAUUCGGCUCCGCGGUCCAAACAUUCGCCGGCGACUUCUCCGGCGGCGCAAUUCGCCGUCGUCGGCGACGGUACCGCAUCGCCGGAGAAACAAGACUCAGGCAAUGUUCCCGAUCACAACAACAACACCAAUAACGGCGUUCAGAACCCUAACGGGAUCGAGUUUCCUCCUCCGCCACCGCCGCCGCCUCCUCCGCCUCAAUCCGAUGGUCCUUCCUCCGAUUACACCGCGAUCAAGCUCGAGUGUGAGCGUGCCCUAACGGCGUUCCGGCGCGGGAACCACAACAGAGCACUGAAGCUCAUGAAGGAGCUAUGCGGGAAACAAGAGAACGCUGCUCACUCCGCAUUUGCGCACCGCGUCCAGGGAUUCGUCGCCUUUAAGGUCGCCGGAAUCUUGAACGACCCUACCGCGAAGCAACGGCACGUGAAGAACGCCGUCGAUUCGGCUCGCAAGGCCGUCGAGCUGUGCCCUAAUUCGGUCGAGUACGCGCACUUCUACGCCAAUUUGAUGCUCGAGGUCGCGAACGACGGGAAGGAUUAUGAGGAGGUAGUGCAGGAGUGCGAGAGGGCGCUGGCGAUAGAGAACCCUAGCGAUCCAGGGAAGGAGAGCUUCCAGGAUGAGAGUGAUCAGAAGUUGUCGACUCCCGAGGCACGUGUUUCGCAUGUGCAAAACGAGCUGCGGCAGCUGAUUCAGAAGUCGAACAUCGCUUCGCUGUCGAGCUGGGUGAAGAAUCUGAGCAACGGCGAGGAGAGAUUUCGGCUGAUUCCGAUUCGGAGGCCGACGGAGGACCCUAUGGAGCUGAGACUGGUUCAGACUCGGAGGCCUAACGAGAUCAAGAAAGUGACGAAGACGCCGGAAGAGAGGAGGAAGGAGAUUGAAGUGAGAGUCGCCGCUGCGAGGCUGUUGCAGCAGAAGUCUGAGUCGCCCCAAUCUCCGAACGAAGUAGAUAAGGAUGAGAGGGGGCUGGAUUCAUCUUCAGCGACUGGUCAGAGUAGGAGGAGGCAUGUGAAUUCGAAGAAGAAUGGGUCUACUGCUGAGAGGAGGAAAUGGGUGCAAUCUUACUGGAGUUCGAUGAGUGUGGAAAUGAAGAAGGACUUGCUUAGGGUUAGGGUUUCUGAUCUUAGGUCACACUUUGGAUCUUCGAAGGAUACUUUGCCUAUUGAUCUUUUGGCGGAGGCUGUGUCGUAUGCUGAGGCCAAUAAGACAUGGAAAUUCUGGGUUUGCUGCCAUUGUGAUGAGAAAUUUAACGAUGACGAGUCUCACAGCCAACAUCUUGCGCAGGCGCACAUGGGUAUGCUCUCGCCGAAUUUGCAGGGGCAUCUGCCCCAUAAUGUUGACAGUGAGUGGAUUGAUAUGAUUCAUAAUUGUUCUUGGAAGCCUCUGGAUUUUUCUGCUGCAGUUAAAAUGCUUGAGAGUAGAAUGAAAUUCAAAGGUUCAACAUUAGUUGAGGAUUCGUACUUCGAUCAUCAUACACAGGACUACUAUGAUUGUAUUAACGAUGCAACUGAUCCUUACCAUGAGAAAGAAGGUUUGGGAUACAGUCUUCAUAACUGUACAACAGAAAGCAAUAACUAUUGUAAAGCUGUUGCAAGUAAUGUGAGAGAAGGCGUUGAAAACCAAUUAUCUAUGUCGCAUCCUUUCGCUGAUAGUUGGCCAGUAUCUGAUGAUUCUGAGCGCGCAAAACUUCUGGAGAAAAUUCAUGCAGUAUUUGAGAUGCUUAUUAAGCACAAAUAUCUUGCUGCUAGUCACCUUAGCAAGGUUAUACAAUUUACUAUGGGUGAGAUUCAGGGUCUUGCUGCUGGUUCUCAAUUUCUAAACCAUGGUGUCGACCAAACGCCAAUGUGCAUAUGCUUUCUGGGGGCUUCACAGCUUAAGAAAAUUCUCCAAUUUCUUCAAGAGCUAUCUCAUGCAUGCGGAUUGGGUAGAUAUGGUGAUAAAGGUAAUGGUCUCAUGAAUGAGUUUCAUGAUAUCAAUCAAGGUCCUGAGAUCAAAGAGAAUAUUGUUCUCAAUGGAGAUGCAUCAUGCCUCCUUCUGGAUGAGUGUUUACUGGUUACACAAGUCACUUUUGAUGCUGCUCAGGGGACUGUAUUGGAUAAUAUGACUGCCCAAAGUUCUCAUGAUGGUAUUUCAAGCGAUAAUGAUGAUUUUCUAUCCUGGAUAUAUUCAGGUUCAGCUAUAGGGGAUCAAUUGACAUCAUGGAUGCGAACCAAAGAAGAUAAUAAACACCAAGGUACAGAAAUUAUCAAGAUGCUUGAUAAGGAGUUUUAUCAACUACAGACCCUAUGUGAGAAGAAGUCUGACCGAAUGAGUUAUGAGGAAGCACUGCAGACAGUAGAGGAUCUUUGUCUUGAAGAGGGUAAGAAGAGGGAAAUUGUUGGUGACUUUGUCCAGCAAAGCUAUGAGUCUGUCUUAAGAAAACGAAGAGAAGAGCUCAUUGAAAGUGAGAAUGAUGUGAUGAAUGUCGGCAAUAGGUUUGAGUUGGAUGCCAUAUCAAAUGUUUUGCAAGAAGCAGAAUCAAUGAAUGUUAAUCAAUUUGGAUAUGAAGAAACUUAUGCUGGUGUGACUGCUCAGUUAUGUGACUUGGAAUCUGGUGAAGAAGAAGAAUGGAGAAUGAAAGACUACUUGCAUCAAAUGGAUGGUUGUAUAGAAAUUGCUAUUCAGAAACUGAAAGAGCACUUGUCUAUAGAGCUUAGCAAAAUUGAUGCUCGAAUCAUUAGAAAUAUUGCUGAGAUGCAACAAUUUGAACUCAAGCUUGGGCCUCUUUCCGCUUAUGAUUAUCGGGCUAUAUUAUUGCCUCUAGUGAAGUCAUACCUAAGGGCACGUUUAGAAGAAUUUGCCGAGAAGGAUGCAGUAGAGAAGUCUGAUGCUGCAAGGGAAGCAUUCUUGGCUGAACUUGCACGUGAUGCUAAGAAGGCUAAAGGGGGAAGUGAGAACACAAGAAAUGUGGAUAAGACCAAAGAUAAGAAGAAGACUAAAGAUCACAGAAAAACAAAAGAUCUGAAGGCUUCAAGUGGUCAUGAGGAGCUAUUGCUGCAAGCUAGCAGUCCUGAUUCCAAUACUGUUGCACCUGAUAGUUACUUUCAAGAUCCUGAGCUUGUUUCCAUGAAUGAUAAUUACUUGGAACAACAGGAAGAGGAAUAUAGACGGAAAAUAGAGCUAGAAGAGGAGGAAAAAAAGCUUGAGGAAACUUUAGAAUUUCAGCGUAGGAUAGAAAAUGAAGCCAAACAAAAACACCUUGCCGAAUUACAAAAGAAAUCGUCCGGGAUAUGUUUAGAGGAAGUUGCGGACAAAAUUCAGGAUGCUCAGUUGAAGACAGUUGCUGAUGGGCCAGAUGUGCAUGAUCAUGUAAAACUGCCUAUACAGGAGCAGUCAGCUGAUGAGAAUUGCUGUCCUAGUGAAGUGGAUAGUGUGAUAGUCACCACUAAAAAUGGUUCUUUGGUGCCAAAUAAAUAUUCAGUUGAUUCAGCUGAUCAAAAGAUAUUGCAUCAGCCAACUGUUAAACAAGCAGGUAUACCUAAUGGAGUUGUUCCAGAGAAUGGUCAUCAGUUGCCUGAUCGUCGUGCAGGGAAAAAGCAUAAACGGCAUAGGAAUUCUUCCAAAAUGGUUGAUGGAAAAUUGGAAUCUGUCUCAUUGGAAAAGAAUAUUGAGGAUGCACAUACUGACAGACAUUCAAGAGAGCAUGUUAAAUUCCAUAAUGAUCAAGAUGCAAACAAUGGGUGGGAAAGCAAUGUAUCAAAGGCGAAGAAAGAUCUGCAAAUAGAAGAUGAGGAGGAGGAAAGAUUCCAAGCUGAUCUUAAAAAAGCUGUACGACAAAGCCUGGACACAUAUCAAGCACGUGGAAAACUGCCUAUGGAUUCUAGUUUAAGAAUGUCUCAGAGAUCUGCUUCACAAGUAGAUUCAUUGGGUUUUCCAACAGAGAAAGACUCAACUGAGGAUGCAAAUGGAACUACAUUGCUUGGUACUGGGCUAAAGAAUGAAGUUGGUGAAUAUAACUGUUUUCUCAAUGUUAUUAUACAGUCUUUAUGGCAUUUAAGACGCUUUCGGGAGGAAUUUCUUGGCAGAUCAAGAUCAGAGCAUGAUCAUGUUGGCAAUCCUUGUGUCGUCUGUGCAUUGUAUGAGAUCUUCACUGCUUUGGACCUUGCAUCAAAGGACUCAAGGAGAGAAGCAGUAGCACCUACUUCCCUGCGAAUAGCUCUAAGCAACCUAUAUCCAGAUAGUAACUUCUUCCAGGAGGCUCAGAUGAACGAUGCUUCUGAGGUACUUGCAGUGAUAUUUGACUGCCUUCAUCGUGCAUUUACCCGUGGUUCAAGUGUUUCUGACACCGAGUCAGUGGAAAGUAAUUGCAUGGGAUCUUGGGAUUGUGCAAAUAAUACUUGUAUAGCACAUUCACUUUUCGGAAUGGACAUUUUUGAGCAAAUGAACUGCUAUCACUGUGGUCUCGAGUCCAGACAUUUGAAGUAUACAUCCUUCUUUCACAAUAUAAAUGCCAACGCAUUACGAACAAUGAAGGUUAUGUGUUUUGAAAGUUCCUUUGAUGAGCUAUUGAACCUUGUGGAGAUGAACCAUCAAUUGGCUUGUGAUCCAGAAGUUGGUGGUUGUGGCAAGCUUAACUACAUCCAUCACUUUCUUUCAACUCCACCUCAUGUUUUUAUGACAGUUCUUGGUUGGCAAAAUACAUGCGAGAGUGCUGAUGAUAUAACAGCCACUGUGGCAGCCCUGAGCACUGCACUAGACAUCAGUGUCCUAUAUCGAGGCUUAGAUCCUAAAAGAACCCAUAGCUUGGUAUCAGUGGUUUGCUACUAUGGCCAACAUUAUCAUUGCUUUGCUUACAGUCAUGACCAUGAUCAAUGGAUUAUGUAUGAUGACAAGACUGUCAAGAUAAUUGGUGGAUGGGCAGAUGUUCUUACAAUGUGUGAAAAAGGGCAUCUACAACCUCAGGUUCUUUUCUUUGAAGCUGUAAACUAGUUUUGUGGUGGAAUUGAUAACAUCUUUUUGCUGGACUGAAGAAUUGAGUUUGACAUGGUUUGGCAUCCAACUGGUGUCUGGUGUGGCCCCGUUCCACUCGUCAGCAGAUGCAUUUCUGCAUAACGCACGAAUGGUUAAAGCAAAUAAAGUUGCAAGUUUCAGACAUGUCAACAAGUUUUUGGUAUACAUCGGUUGGGAUAUAUAGCAUUUAAAAUUUGUGAAAUACUUCUCAGGUUCAAUAGGAAACAAGUUCUGACAGGGAGAAUGAUGGCGAAAAACAUUUUAGGAUGACUUAGAAGAGCUCAGACAGUGGUGUUUGGUACCGAGUAUUGGUCAAGACGGUUAAUUUUGAAAACAUCCUAUUCAUUUCUUGUAUCCAUACAAUAAAGCAUGUUUUGGUAUUUGCUAGAACACCACAAUAUGUUGGGGUUGGCCAUGAUGAUGUGGGAGGAUACCUAAGCCCUUUGAUGAUGGAAUAAUUGCCCAUUAUUGUUGGGGAGGCAUAGCAUUUGUAAUAGGGGAAAUUGUUCUGCUGCCAUGGAAGGAUUAUCCUUCUCUUCCUCUUCCCCCACCCAAAAAGAAAAGUGUUUGAAAAAAAAAAUAAAAAUAGAGAGGAAAUGUAUAGCUUACACUACAAUUAGAUUUGUCAAAGAUGUCAGCUUGUUGCCACUGUGGCUGAAAAAGGAGUGUCCUUGACUGAUCCUUAUGGACAACUUUUCUCCCUUUAGUGAUACCGUGAUGGAACAUGCUGGAUGCCAGGGUAUACAUUCAGCAGUAAAUUGAGGAGGUUCCAUCCUCUGGAUCCGCAUGACUACUGUAUUUUAUUUCCAUCUCUCUCUCUCUCUCUCUCUCUCUCUCUCUUCUUUGGGUUGGGGGAAUCAGGAUUUCCAGUGGUCGAGUAUAGAAUCCAAUUAUAGCUGCAGAUGGCAACUAUAGGUGAGCGAGCAAAAGGCUGAAAGGUUUUGACACAAUUUUGUCCUGUACUUUUUUAGGAUAUACCAUCGAUUGGGAUGGAUUACUGUACUUCAUUAUUUUAUAUGCUAGUGCAAUCUUGCACAAUUUGGCAUCUUAAUUUUCUAAUCUUUUUCCUGGCUCCUAUCUUUCUGUUAAAAGGUUAUUAACUUAUAAUUAAAUUCGAUUCUAGGUCUUUGUUUGAGUUUCAUUUGGAAUGUUGUAGUUUAAUAAUAAUAGAUAAGCCAUUUUUUUGAGUUUAUUUAGUUGCGGAUGAAAGAGCCAUGGAGUUUGAUAGCGGAAAGUCCUAGCGCUCUGGGAAUCGUCGGGAAUCUUCACUUGCCAAAGUCAAAAGAUGAUGUGUAAGGUUGUGGAAUAAACAUGCACUAUUACACCCGAUAUUAAAUUUUCACCUAAAUUUUCCCUUAUGGAGGUCAUUGUCUAAUGAUUCAAGUCUAUUUUGAAGCCUUGGGCACGGUUAGUACGAAAUUCCUUCUAAGAGUAAAGUUGGGUAAAAACUGAAAAGUAAA